AUGGGCAGAACAAAACUACCGCCAUAUCCAUUCGGAGAAACACUGAAAGCAUGCGCAGCCUAUAACUUAUCACAGAGGCCUCCCUCGCCGCCGGCCUCACCGCCAUCUAGACCUCCCGCCUCGAAACUCCCGCCCGAGUUCCUCGCUCCGACCUCCACCUCACUGCUCUCACUCCCGGACCCUCUCCUCAUACUAAUCAGCACGCAUCUGGACCCGAAGUCCCUCUCAUCUCUCACCCACGCGCACCGACACCUCCUCUCCCUGAUCACCCCCCAGCAAGUCCCUCCACCUCCACCACCACUCUCCCAACUCCCCCCGCUCCACCUAGCCGCCCUCAAAGGCGACACCACCACCAUCAUCACCCUCCUCACCACCACAAGCACAGACGCAAACUCCCGCGCCUCACUCUUCAACGGCAAAACGCCACUCUACUAUGCCGUCCUCGCCGGCCACUCACCAGCCGUGCGCGCGCUCCUCGACAACGGCGCGGCAAUAAACACACCCUCCGAGAUCACAUACGGCAAGACCGCGCUGCACCUCGCCGUCUCCGGCGGCAACGCCCCGCUCGUGCGCCUGCUCCUCAAGCGCGGCGCCGACGCCUCCAUCGAGGACUACAAGGGGCGCACGCCCAUCCUAUGGGCGUCGCGGUCGGCGCCACGCGGCCGGGAGCUGGUAGAGGUGUUCCGCGCGCUGCUGGCGGCCGGCGCGAGCGUCAAUUCGUGUGAUCUGGAGUACGGCGCGUCGGUGCUGCACUGGGCGGUGGUGAAGGGGCGGAAGGAGACGGUGGAGUGGCUGCUGGAGCGCGGGGCGAGUGUGGUGGCGCCGACGUUCUAUGAGCUGAGGACGCCGGUGGGGUGGGCGCUCGAGUGGGGGGAUGGGGAGAUGGUGGGGCUGCUGAAGAGGUGGGUGUAUCAGAGGGAGCGGAAGGGGAGGAAGAGUAUUAAUAUUGGGGGGUGGAUUAAGAGGUUACGAGCAUAG